UCUACCUUUACUUGUUCUUCUAUAGUUCAUUUCUAAUUUCUAUGUUCUUAUCUAUCACUUCCCUUCUCAUUUUUUUCAAUACUGAGAUGGAGAGGUUGACAACACUGGCUUCUCAAAGGGCAGUGGUUAUCUUCAGUAAUAAUUCAUGUUGCAUGUCCCAUACUAUCAAGGCUUUGUUUCGUGAGCUUGGUGUGAACCCUGCAAUUUAUGAGCUUGAUGAGGACCCAAGGGGUAGAGAGAUAGAGAGAGCUCUCCAAAGCCUUGGAUGCACUCCUGCAAUACCUGCUGUGUUCAUAGGGGGUAGGCUAAUGACAUCCUCUACUAAUUCUUCUUCCACUAAAGAAAUAAUGCAGCUUCAUCUUGAAGGUUCUCUAGUACCAUUGCUGAGAAGUGUAGGAGCCAUUUGGCUUUGAGAUGAUAUAAGAUCAAGCUUUGUUACUGGUUACAAUAAGAUCAUUUUGUUAUAUUGUGACCCUUUCCUUUCUUAAUCUCUCUUUCUCAAGGACAAGAAAUAAAAUAAGCUUUCUUCUUCUUU